AGGUAGCCCUCACUCUUAGAUCGACCGCGGCGCAGAGAGGACGUGCCGGAGCGCUCAGAUCGUAUCCAUUUCGUUAUAUAUUAGCGUAACGAACGUCUUUUUCACCCUGAGUCUUCGUUAUAUUAAUGGUCUAUCAUGGUGGUUACAACGGUCAGUGAAAACGUAUACAUCUCGGUCCGUAUAAACGAGAUAUCGUAUACGGAUUAUUCGGAUACUACGCGGGCCCCCUGCUGACACCCCUACAAUUACUACUACUGCUACUACUACCUCUACUACUACUACUACGGCUGCCAUCUGCUGCUCAUAGUGUUUUCUCAACGUGAACUUUUGAAAUUUGAUGAAAAGUGGAAAUUGUGAAUCUUGAAGAAAAGCAACCGUGACUACAACUACUACAACUACUACUACUACUACAAGCCUUAGACAUAACUAGUGAAAAAGUGAAAGAAAUCGAUUAAGAAGCAAAAUCAAGAACUACUACUACCACUACUACUACUACUACUACUACUACUACUACCUCUACUGCUACUUCUGCUGUUUUGGAUGCACGGGAAGACGGACGUGGCAAGUGUUAAAGAAGAAGAAGGAGGAACAAGCAGAUACCAUAAUAAGGUUUUGAUAAUUCAAGACCGAAAAAUGGCCGUCAUCGAUGCACUUUCCGCUUCUCCGUUGGUGAAGUCCUUCUUGGCUGGGUCUUUCUCAGGGACCUUCUCCACCAUCCUGUUCCAGCCUUUAGACCUCGUGAAGACCCGUCUGCAGACCACUAUUGCACUGCCGUCCGGCAGCAGUGUGGGAAUGCUCGCUACCGUGGGGCGCGUGGUCAGGAAUGAACGCCUUUUCGGCCUUUGGAAGGGCAUGACACCGAGCAUCAUGCGGUGUGUGCCUGGCGUGGGGCUGUACUUCUCCUCCCUGUCAUGGUUGCGCGGGACCUUCUGCGAGGGCACGCCGGGUCCCCUGCAGGCUAUGAUGCUGGGGGGGGCAGCGCGCACUCUCACCGGGGUCACCAUGAUACCGAUUACAGUGAUCAAGACACGUUAUGAGAGCGGUGUCUAUGCCUACAGCAGUAUGCGUGAAGCAGUGGCCAGCAUCUACAUGAAGGAGGGGGCCCGGGGCUUGACAAGAGGCCUGGUACCUACCCUUCUGCGCGAUGCCCCAUUCUCUGGACUCUAUCUUAUGUUCUACACCCAGACCAAGAAGCAAAUCCCUAUCCGUUACAUGGAGGGCAACCUGUCACCUGCCCUGCACUUCACCUGUGGGGUUGUCGCUGGGCUCCUCGCCUCUGCCGUGACCCAGCCAUUCGACGUCGUUAAGACCAAGAUGCAGUUGUACCCUCACAAGUUCACCUCCUUCCACCAGGCGAUGUGUUAUGUCCACCAGAAGUACGGCCCACAAGGGUACUUCAAGGGCCUGGUGCCGAGGAUGCUGCGCCGGACCCUGAUGGCUGCAAUGGCCUGGACUGUCUAUGAGCAGAUCACCAAGAGCCUGGGACUGAAGUAAACAAGAGAAGACAAACAAACAAGAUAAAGAAGAUAAAGAAAUGAUAAGACAAUCAACAGAGAGAAAGCAAGAGAGAAGAAGAGGAAGAGGAGUCAGUUGAAGAGGAAGAGAAAGAGGAAGAAGAAUUGGUUGAAGAGGAAGAGGAGGAAGAUAUUGAAGAAAGAGGAGGAGGAGGAGGAUCACAACAAAGAAGAAAUAAGGAACAGAGAGAUAAAUUUAAGAAAGAGGAAGAAGAAGAAGAAGAGAGGAAUGGGUGCUGAAGAAGAGGAAGAGGAAGAAGAGGAGGAGGAAGAAGAAGAGGAAGGAAGAGAAAAACACUAACUCAUGAGGCCCCGUACACACACACACACACACACACACACACACACACACACACACACACACACACACACACAGAGGACUGUCUUACCUAAUAGGCCUAAAAAUAUGUCCUAAUCCCAUCACCAUCAUCUAUAGAGAAUCCAACACCUUCUCAAUAGGGUCACAUAUGGAUAAAAGGGUUUGGAUUCCUUUACAUGGGAUUUCUUGGGAUACUCUUUGUCAAGUCCCCGAUUCCCGAUUCCCCUUCUGAGGAUUGGGAUUAGAUCAUUUGAUAGAGGAUUGUGGAUAUUUCCCGAUCUAUUCCCCUUCCUCCUCCUCCUCCUCCUCUCUGUAAUCACUCCCCAAAAUCUCCUCCUCCUCCUCUUCCUCCUCCUCUUUUUCUAAUUGCUCCUAAAAUCCCUCUUUCAGAUCCCUCCUCUUCCUCCUCCUCCUCCUCCAUAUUUCCUUCCUCCUCCUCUCCUCCAGCAUCCAUUCCCCUUCCUCUUCUUCCCUCCUCUUCCUCCCCAGUGAAUCCCAAUAUAAAUGAGACUUUGACAGAAUUGUUAUUACAUCAAGAAUAUUUAUAAUGGGGUAUUUAAUCAGACCGAGAAUUAACCGUCAAAAGUCCCUUGCAAUUAUCCGACCAAUUUACGAUAGUCUGAUCAACACCAUCAUCACCUCUGUCAUCACCCUCGCCUGUGUGUGUGUGUGUGUGUGUGUGUGUGUGUGUGUGUGUGUGUGUGUGAGACCAGCUUACUAACACACACACACAGGUGGUGAUGGUGCUGGUAGCCUAUUAUUAUUAUUAUUAUUAUUAUUAUUAUUAUUAUUAUUAUUAUUAUUUUUGUCUUGUUAAGGGAACAUUUUUAAGGAUAUUUAACUGUGAUAUUUAUAGUACACAUACGCGCACACACGCACACACACACAUGUACAGUGAUAUGGAUGAGCGCACACAUGUAGACCAAGUUGCUUAUCCACCAAAACGUACAUAAAACACGCACACACACAGACACACACACAUGAUAUAUUACGCACACACAUAUACAUAUACGCACAUAGACAAGCUACUGGCAGUCAUGUAUAUAUCGAAACGCACACACACACACACACACACACACAAACUUAUCUAUGUUCCCUUGACAAGACUUAAUUUUUUUUUUUGUUUUGCGUAAAUUUUUUGUUCAGACGAAAAACAAGAAAAAAAAAGAAAAGAAAAUGAAAUGAAGUUUGCACACACACACACACACACACACACACACACACACAUCGUCGUCAAUCAUAUAUGUUAAAUUAUUAUUAUUAUUAUUAUUAUUAUUAUUAUUAUUAUUAUUAUUAUUAUUAUUUGUGAAUGUGUGUCUUGCAGUGAAGGAAAAAUAUCACCGUAAAUAUUAUACAGUUUUCAAUAUCUUUCUUCAUCUUAGCACUAAUAAUAAUAAUAAUAAUAGUAAUAAUAAUAAUAAUAAUAAUGAUGAUGCAAUAUUAAGUGAAUGGAAGAGUGAUUACAAUAUCCAGUUCAGUUAAUUUCUUAUACUUAGAGACGGAGGUUGGUUUUGUAAGAUACUUUCGCUCCUCAAAUCAGCUGUUUCUAAAGGUCAAAGGGGGGGUCAGUCAGGUUCUAAUGUGUGUUUCUUCAAGUUCACGGUACAGAGGAAGGGUCAAUCUAUCACCAGGGUCAUAAGACUACCCCUGGAUAUGCCCACAACUCCUAGGAAAGCCUUGUCAAAUAGGUGUUUCUUUAGGUUCACAGUACAGAGGAAGGGUCAAUCUAUCACCAGGGUCAUAAGACUACCCCUGGAUAUGCCCACAACUCCUAGGAAAGCCUUGUCAAAUAGGUGUUUCUUUAGGUUCAUGGUACAGAGGAAGGGUCACACUACCACCAGGGUCAUAAAACUACUCCUGGAAAUGCCCACAACUCCUAGGAAAGCCUUGUCAAAUAGGUGUUUCUUUAGGUUCACGGUACAGAGGAAGGGUCACACUACCACCAGGGUCAUAAAACUACCCCUGGAUAUGCCCACGACUCCUAGGAAAGCCUUGUCAAACAGGUGUUUCUUUAGGUUCACGGUACAGAGGAAGGGUCACACUACCACCAGGGUCAUAAAACUACUCCUGGACAUGCCCACAACUCCUAGGAAAGCCUUGUCAAAUAGGUGUUUCUUUAGGUUCACAGUACAGAGGAAGGGUCAUAAAACUACUACUGGAAAUGCCCACAACUCCUAUUAAAGCCUUGUCAAGUUAGGUGAUCUUGGGCAGCAAAAUGUCUUAUAAUACAAAGAGAGAGAGAGAGAGCGAGAUGGAAAUAUGUCUAAAGCUGCGUCUACACUCGGCCUCACCCUGCCUGGCGAGUCAUAAUGUUUGUUGUUAUAAUGUUUGUUCUUCACCCGCCAGAUGCAAGGCGCUGCUUCAGAAUAUCAAUAAGUAAAAGAGUGUUACCCUGUGUCCACUCCAUGUUAUCAUCAAUGUUCUCAGCCAUGAUACCAAGCAGUGUGCAUCCAAUGUUGGCCUGUUCACGACUGAGCCUCGCCUCAUGCCCCCAAAAAAAGCCUCUCACCAGAGUUCUCAGCAGCCGCAUCGUGCACUUCCGUUUUCUCUUGGUUUUCUGAGUCUGGGUGCACGAGUCGCCUGGUGAAGCCUGGUCUGGACGCGGCUUAAAUCUCCUCUCUCUCCCUCUCUUGCUUCCAAAGUGCAAAUGGGAGGUUCCGAGGAUGGACGAGCAAAACGACCGAAUUCAUUGCUGUUGUGUUUUCUUUGUUAGGCUUUUCUGGAGAAUGUCUUUAGUUAGGUGAGGAAAUGUUGACCGACCUUUGUGUUUAGCCCUGUACGUCAGCGUCACAGUAUGGAAAGUGUCAAGAGGAAAUGGAAGAGGAUUGAUCCACCUCUGAAUUCCUCUUAAUCCUCUUCCAUUUCCUCUUAAGAGAUUUGGAAGAGGAUUAAGAGGUUUGGAAGAGGACUAACCCUUUCCAUAUGGUGUCAAGAGGUUUGGAAGAGGAUUAAGAGGUUUAGAAGAGGACUAACUCUUUCCAUACUGUGACGCCGGAGUGAAGGGGUUAAUGUGUUUAUGGGGGAGAAAAUAUUGUGUUUUUCCUAAUGAAUAGAUUUAAUGAUUACUAUUAUGGUGAGCAUUGAUUACUAUUAUGAUGAGCGCUGAGUAUUAUGAUGAGCGCUUACUAUUUUGAUGAGCGCUGAUUAUUAUGAUGAGCGCUGAUUAUUAUGACGAGCGCUGACUAUUAUGAUGAGCGCUGAUUAUUAUGACGAGCGCUGACUAUUAUGAUGAGCGCUGAGUAUUAUGACGAGCGCUGACUAUUAUGAUGAGCACUGAUUAUUAUGAUGAGCGCUGAGUAUUAUGAUGAGCGCUGAGUAUUAUGAUGAGCGCUGAGUAUUAUGAUGAGCGCUGAUGAUUAUGAUGAGCGCUGAUUACUAUUAUCAUGAGCGCUGACUAUUAUAAUGAGCGCUGAUUAUUAUAAUGAGCGCUGAUUGCUAUUAUGAUGAGCGCUGAUUACUAUUAUCAUGAGCGUUGAAGGUUGACAAUAAUAACAGGUUUUACGUUGAUUAGCGAAACCAUACUAAUAGAGUUAUGUUAAUUAGGAAAACAUUAUUGAUAGAUUUACGCCAUUUUGAAGAACAAGUUUGUGUGAUAAGAAUUCUGUGACGUUUUCUCUUUUGUUGGAGGAGAAGAAAUUGAGGAAGAGAUGUGACGGAAACGGUGGAGUGAACGGAAGGGAUAGUGGAGAACGGAAGAGGAAGAAAUGGAAAAGUGGAAUGGCUUGUGUGUGUGUGUGUGUGUGUUUGUUUGGAAAAGACAGGAGAAAAAAAGAAAAAAAAAAUUGAAAAGAAGGAAGGAAGGAGGGGAAAAAAGAUGAAAAAAAACAUGAAAAUUUGAAAUGAAUGAAGGAAAAAGAUGAAAAUUUGAAAUGAAGGAAGGAAAAAGAUUAAAAUUUGAAAGGAAGGAAGGAAAAAUUAACAUCGAAAGAAGGAAGGAAGGAAAAAAAGAUGAAAACUUGAAGCAAAGGAAGAAAGGAAGGAAAGGAAGGAAGGGAAAAAACAUGAAAACUUGAAAUGAUGGAAAGAAAGAAAGGAAAGGAAAGGAAAGGAAGAAAGGAAGGAGAGAAAAAUCAUAUAUAUGGACGCUGUUUGUGAUAGCGAAAAAGUGCAAUGACUCAAACUUGUGAUAAAUAUUAAGAAGAAGAGAGAGGAGGAGGAGGAGGAGGAGGAAGAUAAGGAAGAGGAAGGAGGAGGAGGAAGACCAGAGAGGAAGGAGGAAGACUAAAUGAAAGAAUGAAGAAAGAGAAGACAAAGGAAAAUUUUGAAGGAAAAGUUAGUGAUUGAUGACAAUGUGUGUGAGUCCUCCUCUUCCUCCUCCUCUUCCUCCGCCUCUCACAAGUGUACAGGAGAUGAACAGCUGAUUUGCUCCACCUGUCUGUCUGUCUAAGGAGAAGGAGGGAAAGGGAGAGGGUAGGAAGGGAGGGAGAGAGAGGGAAGGAAGGGAGGUAGAGAGGGGGAGAGAAGGAGGAAAGGGAGGACGGUAGGAAGGGAGAUAAAGAGGGGGAAGGGAGGAGGAAAGGGGUAGGAAGGGAGAUAAAGAGGGGGAGAGGAGGAGGAAAGGGAGGACAGUAGGAAGGGAGAUGAAGGAUAGGGAGAUGGAGAGAAGGAAAGGGAAAGGAAAUGAAGGGAAGGGAAGGGAGAGGGAAGGAAAGGAAAGGGAGAUGGAGGGAAGGAAAGGGAGAUGGAGAGAAGGAAAGGGAGAUGGAGAGAAGGAAAGGGAAAGGAAAUGAAGGGAAGGGAAGGGAGAGGAAGGAAAAGGAAAGGGGACAAAAGAUUACAAGAGGAACAGAAACAGGACAAAAUAUGAUAAAAGGAACAGAAACAACAGACAAAAUAUUACAAGAGGAACAGAAACAGGACAAAAUAUGAUAAAAGGAACAGUUAAGACAGACAAAACAUUACAAGAGGAACAUUUAAGACAGACAAGAGGAACAGAAACAGGACAAAAUAUGAUAAAAGGAACAGUUACGACAGACAGACAGUUAGAGACAGCAAUACCCAGCUGUUCAUAAUAGUGUGUAAAUAUUCAUAUUAUUAUUAUUAUUAUUAUUAUAUUAGUCUCGUUCUAGAGGCUGUGGCAAUACAAACAUAUAUAUUUCUUUACUAAGCCUGUGUCCGGUACUGCACAUCUUUGUAAUAUAUAGACCCAAAAAUGAAUAAAAUAAAUGAGUAUAUAUCUAUGGCGAAAAUAAAAUCACAGUGGAA